AUGAACCAACACGACUACACACGCAUGGCGUCGCCUGCCAGUGUGCAAUUGCCGUCCAUCAGCACGCUGCUGCGCAGCGUGGACCACGACCACGUGACCGGCAACCCCUUCUCCGCGGCGGGCCCGCGGCCCUCGCUAGGCCCGGGCCCGAGCCCGGCGCAACUGCCCGUGGUGCUGCCCGCCUGGGGCUCGGGCGCUCACGCCGCGCCCAUGCACCCCGGCGUGCGGCCGCCCGCCCACCUCCACUUCCCGCCGGCGCACGUGCAGCGGCCGCCCACGCCGCACUCGCACCUGCACUCGCAGUCGACGCCGCGCGCCACGGGCGACGACCUCAGCGGCGUUCCGCGCUCGCACGCGCUGACGCCGCUGGCCCCACACAUGCUGGCGCCGCUGCUGGCGCCACUAGCUCCGCUAGCGCCGCUGACGCCGCCGCCCGCGCUGGGCCGCGUUUCCACGUCGUCUUCGGUGCCGUCGUCGGGGUCCUCGUCCAUGUCGGGCCCGUCGUCGGUGCACUCGUGCUCUGAAGACGUGUCUGCCGCGCACAUGCACUCGCACUCGCGCUCGCACUCGACCGACGCGGCCGCGGCGGCGCCGCUCAAGUGCGUCUGCCGCAACAACACCAAGACCGGCCACCACAUCCCGCGUCCGCGUAACGCGUUCAUCCUGUUCCGCCAGCACCUGCACCAGCAGCUCUUCGCCAAGCAGUCGUCCUACUGCGAAAACGCAGAGGCGUCGUUCAAGACGAAUUCGCAGAUCUCCCGCGAGAUCGGCCAGCGCUGGCGCGAGCUGACCGACGACGACCGCCGCCACUGGCAGGACCUGGCCGCCAAGGAGAAGGAGCUGCACCGCAAGCGCUACCCGGACUACAAGUACAUCCCGCGCAAGAGUCGCGCGGGCAAGCGCCAGCGCAAGGACGGCUGUGAGUUCUGCAAGCGCGGCGGCGUCUAG